AUCGCGUUUGACUCAGAAAUCUCCUCCGAGUUCCAUAGGGAUUGAGAGAGGGAGGCCCAGAGAAGAGAGGGAAAACGAUGCAGGGAUACGCGAGCGUAAGCAGCAAGGCCGAUUACGACCUCGAGUCAGGGGAGGUUCUGUACCCCGGUCUCAGCCCCGCCGAGAACCAGCUUCGUUGGGGCUUCAUCCGCAAGGUCUAUGGCAUCCUCUCUUUCCAGCUCCUCCUCACCACCGUUGUCUCCUUCGUCACCGUCUUCUACACCCCCGUCAAUGAUCUUCUCAGGGGAAACUCCGGCCUUCUCCUCUUUGUCAUCUUCCUUCCCUUUAUCUUCUUGCUUCCUUUGCUGAAGUACCAGCAAAAACAUCCUCAUAACUACAUUCUGCUUGGACUUUUCACCGUGUCUAUAAGCUUGACUGUAGGAAUAACCUGCGCAAACACCAGUGGAAAAAUUGUCCUUGAAGCAUUGAUUUUGACGUCGGCUGUGGUUUUCUCUCUAACUGGCUACACCUUCUGGGCUUCAAAGAGGGGCAAGGAUUUCAGCUACCUUGGUCCUAUAUUGUUCUCCUGUCUCUUUACCCUCUUCCUCACUGGCAUGAUGCAGAUGUUCUUCCCUCUUGGACCAACAGCAAAUGCUAUUUAUGGUGGAAUCGGUGCCAUGAUUUUCAGUGGGUACAUUGUCUAUGAUACUGACAACCUGAUCAAGCGUUUUACUUAUGACGAGUACAUUGGUGCCUCAGUCACUCUUUAUCUUGACAUUCUGAACCUCUUCCUCACCAUCAUGAGGAUGCUGAGGGAGGGGAACAACUAGAAUUUAGUCAUACUGCCAAAAUAAAUGAAAUACUGCCUUCUUGGUUGGAUAUGUGUAUUAUAUAUUCAUGAGGGAAGCACUGUGAUGCUCUAUCCCAUCUUUAGUAUUCCCUUGCAGUUGACGUUGCGUUAAUAUCUUGUAAAACUCAACGGUUCUAGUUGCGUUGAUUUAAUUGUGCCAUAUUUCCUAUGUGGAUCUGGUCAUUUACCUCCA